AUGGAGGCGGCGACGCAGCUUGCGUCCAUAGUCGGUGAGCUGGUGGGCAAGGAGUACCGGCAGCUCCGCGGCGUGGGUGGCAAGGUGGCUGAGCUCAGCGACGAGCUGGACACCAUGAACGCCAUCCUCCGCAUGCUGUCUGAUGCUGAGGAAGGUACCGUGGACCACUUCAUCCGGGUGUGGAUGAAGCAGGUGCGCGAGCUGGCCUACGAUGCGGAGGACUGCGUGCACCUCUACAUCCUCCGCAUUCGGUGCCGGCCGAAAGACCGGUUUCUCGUCUGGUCCAAGCGCAUGCUUUCGACGCUCUUCCCUCGCCGUAGACUAGCUCGUGAGAUUGAGGCGCUCCGCGCUCGUGCUGUGGUGAUCAGCGAACGGCAGGCGCGUUAUGGCGUCAGCCGUGAGGCAUUACUACGUGGCUCUACUUCUUCUUUACCUGCUCCAGCACCGGUUCCCGGCCAUGCGCUCGGCCGGUUGGCAGCGAACGGCCAUGACCAACUCGUCGGCAUCACGGACAAGGCUAACAAACUAGCAGAGAAGGUGGAGGAGGUGAGUGAGAAUGAGCAUGACAAGAAGCUCAAGGUGUUCUCCAUCGUGGGGUUCGGGGGGCUCGGGAAGACUACACUGGCGAUGGAGGUGUGCCGGAAGCUGGAGGGAUCGUUCCAACGCCAAGCGCUAGUUUCUGUGUCCCAGGCAUUCCACGGCAAUAAGGAUCUCGAGGGAUUGCUGAAGCGCAUGCUUCAGCAGAUCGUGGAGCUGAAACCAGAUAACGCAAAAGGCAUCAAGGAAGAGGACCCGCUAGAUGGGAUCAACGAGAUGGGUGUAGACCUGCUCACCAUCAAGCUCAACGAGCUUCUCAGGAACAUAAGAUCCCACGUAAACAAAUCCCAGCACAGUUUUAGCCCGAUACCGCCCACUCCCCCACGUAAACGAAUUACUACAGCUGUAGUUCAUUUCAUUACAGCGAGUAAGCCUGAGUCAACCCCCGUCCCCGCUACAGAAAAUUUCUUGCCGCACACCGCUCCUCCGCGAGUUGCGGCACUAGUGGCGGAGGCAGAUCUCUUCCUCCAUUCCUCACCCACCCUCCUCUACCGAGUUGCCGCCGGCCUGGUUGCCAAGGUCCAGACCUUCCUCACUUCAGCAUGCAGCGGCGGCGACACGGCAGGAGCAGCAGCCGGCGGUAGCCGUACUUCUACCUAUCUGGACCCCAGCCGUGCUUUCCUCUGCGCCAUGGCGGAUGGGUUCCUAUUUUCUUCCCUGCGCUAUGACCGGCGGGUUCCUGUUUUCUUCCCUGGUUUUCCUCUUCUUACCGCCGACGACGUCACCAUGGAGGACGCGGCGAAGGACGAGCCAGCGCCACCUUCCUCGUUGGCGCCACACUCGCCGGUGCAUUGCAGCGUGACCAUCGGCAAGGCAUGGGCCCAUUACAUGGACACGGUGCGGGAGGAGCAGUUUUGGGAGCUCGCCACAUGCAGGGUGAUUGCGCCGGACGCGGAUGUGGCGGAGCAGGCGAAAAUGCUCGAAUCCUACCACUCCAGCCGCGAGAUCCACCUCACCCGCUGGCAUUACUGCCAGCAUCAGCCAGAACUUGAGGACGCCUACAAGGAGUUCGAUGAGGCGACAGAUGAGCGUUGGAUGACGGUGUCCGACUUCAGUGUCCGCGGACGGACGGUGGAGCAAAUUGACGGUCAGCCUUGGACAUGCCAGCAGCAUGGCAUUAUUCUUACGCCUUCCUGCCUUAAGUGUGCUGAUCUGAUGUCUGGCAGAUACCUCAUUGUGGUGGAUGAUGUAUGGACAGUAGCAGCAUGGGACACAAUCGGAUCCAAGUUGCCCGACUACAACAAUGGCAGCAGGAUCAUUGUGACCACUCGGAUAGAGAUUGUGGCAAAUGCAUGCAGCGGUUCUAGUGUUGAUGGAGAUUGUAUUUAUAGGAUCAAGCCCCUUGAUACUGGCGACUCCAAGACAUUGUUCCUCAGCAGAGUACUUCGUUCCAGGAGUGACACUUUGCCCAAUAAUCUGAAAGCUGAAAUGAACAAAAUUUUGGAAAAAUGUGGUGGUCUGCCAAUGGCCAUUAUUAGCAUUGCCAGCAUCUUGGGGAGCUAUACAUCGUCCGAGAGCAAAGAUACAUGGGAAAGAGUUCGCAAGUCAAUCGGCUCUCAAAUGGAGAGCCACCCUACCCUUGAGGGGAUGAAGCAGAUUGUUACUCUCAGCUAUAACCACCUGCACUAUUAUCUCAAGGGUUGCAUGAUGUACGUCAGUAUUUUCCCGGAGGAUUAUGUCAUCGUCAAGAAUCGGCUCUUGAGGAGAUGGGUUGCAGAAGGAUUGGUAGCUGAGAUCCGGGGUUUGACCUUAAUGGAGGUUGCAGAAGCCUACUACAACGAAUUGGUGAGUAGGAGCAUGAUUGAUCGGGCUGGUGAUAUAGUCAACCAUUAUGAUGGAAGGUUGGAGACGUGCCGUGUACACGACAUGGUACUUGAGGUCAUGGUGUCCAAAUCCCUGGAGGCUAACUUUGUUAGCCUAGUAGGUGGCUCUUACGAAGGGAUGUCAUAUGGUAGCAUUCGCCGCUUGUCCAUCCAUGCUGGAGAAGAGGUAGUAUCCAUGGAAUCCACAUCCAACAAAAUUACAUCAUCGCAUGCUAUGAAGAAUGGCAUUGAGGGGAUGAAGAUGGAGCAUGUCCGAUCACUGAGCAUGUUUGACCUCAGAGAUCACAUGAAGGUGCUUGAUCGUCUCGGUGAGUUCAGCCUGCUAAGGGUACUUGACCUGGAAGACUGCAUGGGCAUAGAAAACAAGCAUUUGAGGCAUGUGUGCCGGAUGUACCUGCUAAGGUUCUUGAGCAUGAAAGGUACAAGUAUCGAUGAGAUGCCUCCUGAAGUUGGUGACCUGGAGAAUUUGGAGACGCUUGACGUACGUGAGACAAACCUUGAAGAUCUACCAGAAACUGUGUCAAAGCUAGAGAAACUUGAACACCUGCAAAUAAAUAACAAGGCUGACAAGUACUUAGGGUGUUGGAUUGCACGCAGGGGCUUGGGUAGGAUGAAGGCACUGCGGAUGGUGAAUACAGUAGUUUUUGGAUCUGAUGCUAAAGCUGCCAAAGAGCUCGGUGAACUACAGCAAAUGAGAGAGUUACGUAUAACCAUGGACACCCGGGAUCCCGAUGAUCCUCAUCAUGAGGAUGUUAGGGAAAAGCUAGCCAAGUCCCUGAGCAAGAUGUAUUCCCUCCGGUGGCUCAGCAUUGGCAGUAAAGGAUAUAAGGACAGUGAUGCGUUGAACUUUCUAGAUGGCAUCAACCCGCCGCCGCCACUCCUCGAGUAUCUUAGGAUCGGCGCCAGCAUUGACGAAUUGCCCACCUGGGUCAGCUCACUGAAUAAUCUUGUUGAGAUUGUCAUUGCUUGGACAUACUUGUUUGGUGCCCAACUGUUCGGCCCAGUAUGUGAGCUGCCAAAUCUGAAGCGCAUGCACUUGGAGAGGUACUCCUGCAGGGAUGCAGAGCUGAUUGCGGAAACUGCCUACGCCUUUCCUGCUCUCAAGGACCUGUACGUGAACUUUUUAUAUGAAGAUAUAGAAGUUCUUCUAUUUCAGGAAGCAUCAAUGGCAAAGCUCGAGACACUCUCGGUGAGAUUCCCCACCGAUGUUUUUAAGGAAGUCGCUGGCAUGGAGCAUUUGAGAAGCCUUAAAGAAGUGCAGCUCAUUGGUAGGAAAGGCAACUCUUCACUGGGCUAUGCACUGGAUCAACUAAAGAAACUGAAUGAGAAGCGCCAAGAAUCCAAUAUGAUCAAGGUUGCAGUGAAAUACGAGUGAUCGCACCACCCUGCUACCUGCUUGCAUAUCGGUGGUCCGUUCUCUUCACUUUUGUUCAUUAUUUUCUCGCAAGUGUUA